CUACCAGCACACAAAAUUUCCUUUCCUUUUCCUCUUGUUGCCUUGCCCCGGUGCCUCCCCACCGGCCACUGGUGACGGCGUCGCGGCAACGCCGUCAGGGCCAGGGACCGAAAAGGAAAGCCAAGGUGGAGGAGAAGGAGGGCGAGGGUGGGUGGGUGGGCGAGGAGGGAGCAGCGGCCAGCUACGGCCGAACCCUACACCGCAGCGACCUCACCGCGCCGCGCUUGCCGUUUUUGGCCGGCUGAUCGGAGGAGGGAGAUUUUUCUGGUUUGGUUUGGUUUCCGAUUAGAUUUGUGGUGGGAGAAGAGAAGAGGGGCGAAAAUGGUGCGGGGGAAGACGCAGAUGAAGCGGAUAGAGAACCCGACGAGCCGGCAGGUGACCUUCUCCAAGCGCCGCGGCGGCCUGCUGAAGAAGGCCUUCGAGCUCUCCGUCCUCUGCGACGCCGAGGUCGCGCUCGUCGUCUUCUCCCCCCGCGGCAGGCUCUACGAAUUCGCCAGCUCCAGCAUGAAGAACACAAUUGAACGUUAUAAGACAGUCACAAAGGAUAAUUUGGGCAGACAGACGGUACAGCAAGAUAUAGAGAAAGUAAAAGCUGAUGCUGAGGGCUUGUCAAAGAAGCUUGAUGCUCUUGAAGCUUGCAAAAGCAAACUUUUGGGCCAAAAUUUGGAAGAAUGCUCUAUUGAAGAACUGCAAAGCUUAGAGGUCAAAAUUGAAAGAAGCCUUCUAGGCAUCAGGGCAAUGAAGACUCGGCGGUUCGAAGAGCAGCUCUCUACGUUGAGGCAGAAGGAGAUGAAGUUGCGGCAGGACAAUGAAGAACUAUAUAGCCAGUGCCAGAAGGAACAGCACUCUGCGUUGGAGGCGGCCGCGCCCCCUGCUCCGGCGACCUUGGCGGCGCUCCCUGCUCCAGUGACCCUGGCGGAGCAGGGCCAGCAGGUGGUGGAUGUGGAGACGGAUCUAUUUCUUGGAUUGCCCGGCACCGGCCGCUCCUGAGAUUCAGGCAGGCUGACAACGCCUGAGAAAAAUGCCCAGAAUAAGCUGGCAAUGGAGUUGCAAGCAGCAGCAGGCAAUGGAUGCGGACGGCGUAUAGAUAUAAUAUAAACCCUGUGCAGCGGAAACCUCGAGAGUACAUACAUGAAUUAGUUGUUGUUGUUGAUGUUUC